AUGACCUCGUCCACUAGUGCUGAUGCCAGUGUGCCGGAAUGGAUGACAAAGGAGUACUUUGUGGAUGCUAUUGCGGUGAAGUUGGAUCUUCCGGAAAAUGCCUUCACUAUCACCGAUCUCGAUAUUCGGAAGGCUACGGAGGCUGGUGAUAAUUAUGCGUCCAUUCUCUACCGUGUGCGUGUGUCGGUUCGUGUGCAUGAUGGUGAUAGUCAAAUGGACGUUUCGUUGAUUGUGAAAGCUCUCCCAAAACUCGGACUGUCCGAUGAGAUGAUAAAAAUGAUGAACCUGUUCCCAAAAGAGAUGGCCAUGUACACGGACAUACUACCCGCCCUGGAAGGGAUGUACCAUGCGCGUGGUCGAACGAGUGUGUCAUUUGGGCCACGCUGUCUGAAGCACAGCACCGAACCGACCGAUGUGAUUGUGAUGGAAGAUUUGCGCGAACGGCAGUUUACGAUGGCCAAUCGACGGCAGGGUGUGGACAUGCAGCACACCCAACUUGUGCUGCGCCGAAUGGCACAGUUCCAUGCUGCUUCCGUUGUUUUGCAGCAGCAACGUGGCCCGUACGGAGAACUGUUUAAGGAGGGAAUGUUUAAGGAGGCAGGACGCGCAAUGACCGAACAGUUUCAGAAAGGGCAAGCCGAUUUCUUUCAAAAGAUGAUGGGCGGAUGGUCGGAAAAAGAAGCGUUCUACGCCAAUCUGAUGAAACACUGGGGUAUGGAUUUGUUCGAUUCCCUCUUGCUUAUCACCCGGGCCGAUCCAGCUGGAUUCAACGUACUUAAUCACGGUGACAUGUGGUGCAAUAAUGUUCUGUUUCACUACAAAGAAGAUGGCGAUCCGAACGAUACCUUACUGAUUGACUAUCAGCUCAGCUUCUGGUCCUCACCGGCGCACGACCUGCUCUACUUCAUCCUGACUUCCGUUAACGGCGAUUUGAAGCUAUCACAGAUGAACUACAUGAUUCAAUACUACCACGAGCAACUCGUUUACAGCUUUAAUUUCCUCGGGUACAAUGGCAAGAUCCCACUGCUGAAAGAACUGCACUCGGAUAUAACAAGGCAUCACCUGUUCGGUUUAAUGGUAUGUUUCUCGAUUCUGCCCAUUUGCUUGAUGGAGAAAACGGACGAUGCGUCGAUGGAUUUGAUGCUGGAUCAGGGCGACGCCGGAGUUGCCUUUAAGCUGAAAAUGUACAACAAUCCUGUUUAUGUCAAACAAAUGGGACAAAUCUUGGACUUCUUCUACGACAGAGGAGUGUUUGAUCUACUGCAGAUCGGUACCCAACGAGCGGCGCGGAUUGAAUGUGAUCCGUCGCUGGAACUACCGCUGUGGUUGGACCAAGAGUUUAUUGAGCACAUCGUAGAUUCCAAAUUCGGUAUUGACGAGAAGAAUAAGCGCAUCGUUCGUAGUGUAUACGUAAAAAAUGCUGCUAAGAAGGGCGAUAGUUACGCAUCUGCGCUGUACUCGGCCAAGGUGAGUCUGCUCUGGAAGGAUGCAGACACGGAGGAGACACUAUCGCUCAUCAUCAAAGCACCUCCAAAGGGCAUUGCGGCAUCUUACACACUGGACAAGGAUAUGUACGUGAGAGAGCUUCAUCUCUACCAACACCUCAUACCCGCCUUCGAAGCACUGUACCACAGCAAGGGAGUAUCGGUAAAGCUUGGACCACGCCACUAUACAACACGUGUUGGACUACCGGUGGACGUGAUCGUACUGGAAGAUUUGACGAUUAGCGGGUUCCGCAUGGCUAAUAGACAGGAAGGUUUAGAUAAAGCUCACGUUGAGGCAGUACUCGACCAUCUGGCACUGUUCCAUGCUGCAUCAGCCGUGUAUUGCGAGUCCGGGAAUACCCUGCCAAAGGAACUGGCCGAGUCAAGCUCGGACCGGGAAAUGGCGUCUAAAACAGAUGCGAUGUUUGCUCCCUCACUGGACAGUUUGUUCAAGUAUAUGAGAGAGUGGGAGUUCGCUGCAGAGUUCGUCGACGAUCUGGAGACCGUUUCCAGGCAGAUCUACACAUUGCUGGUAGACACUUGGACCAUCGACGUGAAUGGGUUCAAUGUACUGAAUCAUGGCGACGCGUGGCUGAACAAUAUUCUUUUUUCAUAUGACGACGAGACGGUGAAACGUGUGGCGAUGGUCGAUUACCAGUUUCCAUCGUGGGGCUCACCUGUGUUCGAUCUAAUCCACUUCCUGUUUUCCUCUGUGCGGGGAGAUCUGAAGCUUUCGAAGCAGGCAUACUUUUUGCGAUACUACCAGGAACGUCUGGUCCAUAACUUAGUGCUGCUCGGUUACCGCAAACGGUUGCCAACGCUGCAACAGCUCCACAUCGAUUUUAACGAUCGUCUAAGUGCGGCCAUCAAAACUACCGUCAUUGAUCUUCCGUACGUGUUGGCAGAUCCGAGUGAAGACGCCUCCCAGGAAGCGGCCAUCGUGCAGACCGAAGCUGGACAAAGGUUUCAAAAGCUACUCUUCGAUAACGAUCGUUUUAAGCAACAUAUGAAGGAGCUGUUGCCCUAUUUCCGAUCACGUGGAUUGCUGACGCCACUAGCGGCUAAUUGUAGGCAGGACCAGUAA